UUGAGUUAAAUAUCCUGAAUAAAAAAACAAUAAAUAUAUAUCUUUUGUAAAAUAACUAAAAGGAAGCAACUGACAGCUACACAGUGUGCAAUUUGUGUUAAUUUGCUGAAUAGACUUUUAUUAACGCCAUGGCCCACUACAAGGGUGCAGCCAGCGAGGCUGGGAGAGCAGCGCAGCUGAUGAAGAAGCGGGAAAUCCAGCAACAGGAGAUUGAGUUUCGGAAAAAGAAAAUCGAGGAGGAGCUGAAGCUGGACAAGAUUGAGAACAAGUUUGCAACGCACUAUGAUGCAGUCGAGCAGCAGCUCAAGUCGUCGACCAUUGGUCUGGUCACGCUGGACGAGAUGAAGGCAAAGCAGGAGGACAUUGUGCGGGAACGGGAGAAGAAACUUGCACAGAAGAAGGACGAAAAGGAUCGGGAGAAACAGCGCGCUUUGGAAGCCAUCCAGGCCGAAAAGAACAAACAGAAGCGCCAAAUACAAGCAUUAUCUUUUAAUUUGGACGAUGAUGAGGAUGAGGAUCAAGACAACAACGAUGAGGAUAACGAGAAGGAGGAAACAUUUCAGAAGCCCAUGCCAGCUAAAUGGACCGAAUUACGCAGCGAAGAAGUUCCCAUUAAGAAGAAGAAGAUAUGUAAAAACCCCGAUGUGGAUACAUCGUUUCUACCAGAUCGCGAGCGGGAGGAGCAAGAGAAUCGUCUGCGCGAGCAACUGCGUCAGGAAUGGGUAAUGCAACAGGCCGAGCUCAAAGAUGAGGACAUCUCAAUCACGUUCAGCUACUGGGAUGGCUCCGGCCACAGGAGAAAUGUGCUCAUGAAAAAGGGCAACUCCAUCUACCAGUUUCUGCAGAAAUGCUUGGAGCUGUUGCGCAAAGAGUUCAUUGAACUCAAGACCGUGAUGGCCGAUCAACUGAUGUACGUUAAAGAGGACUUGAUACUGCCGCAUCACUACUCUUUCUACGACUUCAUAGUGACCAAAGCACGCGGCAAGUCUGGGCCACUCUUCCAGUUCGAUGUGCACGACGACGUGCGCAUGAUCAGCGACGCAUCUGUCGAGAAGGAGGAAUCGCAUGCGGGCAAGGUGCUACUGCGAUCCUGGUAUGAGCGCAACAAGCACAUAUUUCCGGCCAGUCGUUGGGAGCCAUACGAUCCGACCAAAUCCUACGAUAAGUACACAAUAAAAGACAAGGAUAAGGACAAGAGCAAAAAGUAAAACUUCGAGAAUUGAAAAUAAAUUGCUUAUCGAAAA